AUGCAGGAUGUUAUCACUGUUGCUCCGUUAAUGCUUUCUAUUCCAGGGAUUUCCAAACGAACUGGGAUUGAAAUUAGGCGGUACGACUUCAGUGAUGCACAACCUGGAAAAGAUAUCUGUGACAGACGAAUAGCAUGCGUGAAAAGCCACAUACGCCAUUUUUUAAAUGAAGGGAACAACAUCAACACUGCAUCUGAUAUGAAGAAAGCUCUUGAUUCCUACGGCGGCGUCAAAGGGUGCAGAGCUUCGGUGGUUAGUAUCAGCAGAACCAAACAGCAAAUCGCAAAGCACAAGUGGACAGGAAUAACACUGUUCAACAACUUUGAAUUUCUGAAAUCAGGAAUUAAAGUGUGGAAGGCGUACAAAAUUGGCAAAGGAAAGUUGAUCAAGAAAGCAGAUAUUAAGCAGAUGGCAUGUACUCAAGGAGCAACAGGUUUAAUAUCACAAGAAUCGUACACUAUCUCGGAAAAUGAUAAGGGUUUGCUCUAGAGGUGUGCGUCAGAUCGGAUUGACCUCUCUCAAUCCGAUGGUUUGUCUAAGUUCUCAAUCCGAAUCCGAUCCGAUCCGAAGAUGAAAAAAGUAAUCCGAUCCGAUCCGAUCCGAAACAAUGUUUAUAAAAUCCGAUCCGAUCCGAUGCUAAAAUUCGUAAUCCGAUCCGAUCCGAACUUAAGUUGUGUACGCUGUACAGCGUGCGUUAAUUAUUAUGAACGUAUUUUUUCAUGAUCAUAAAUGAUAUAUUGGAAAUAAUGAAUUUCUAGCAAAAAUAAACAGAUACGAAUCCGAUAAAAAUUGCAGGGCGAUAUCAUCAGGGGCGAUACGAUUUGAAUAGCCGAGGCCCGAGGGGAGAUUGGGUGGCAUAAUGGCAUUCGUUAUUCGCGAAUCGCGAUUUCGCGAGCGAGCAAAACGUUACUUUGACUUUGUAGUUUGUAGUUUGUAUGGACUAUAUGGAUUAUGGAAUUACUUUUAUGCUCAAAGCCAUUGUGAAUUCUGAUGCCAUUUGUAACGUAAAAAGUGGAAUACAGCUGCAGAAUAUAGAACUUUCUCAAUUUGUAAAAAUAUUCGAAUAAUUCGACGUGAUACAAGAAAAAUCAAAUCCGAACCGAUCUGACAAAAAACCUGCAAAAUCCGAUCCGAUCCGACAGAAACAAAACGAAAUCCGAUCCGAUCCGAGUAAUUUACUGUCCGAAUCCGCUCGGAUCGGAUUCGCACACCUCUAGUUUGCUCAAGAAAACAACUGUGAAGCAGUGCCAAGAAAAGCGCGAUAAAGAUGAUGUUCCGACCCAGCAUACAUCGAAGGGAUUCAAUUGUCCAGACGUUUCUUGUGUCAAAGUAUUUGUUUCUAAUGGCACACUUGAAAGGCAUCUCAAUGUUGGUAAACACUUGUACCGUUUACAGACGGAAAGCGCGUACGAUAUCGUAAAGCAAAAGUGGGCAUCAAAGUGUACUACGGUUGGUAUUCAUACUGAAACAAAUAAACACUCUACAGGCGAGUUAAAAGAGGAAACAGGUGAAGCAGAUCAAUCUCCUGUAGCUGUUAAAAUGGCGUGGGCAUUGAAAAGGUCAACCGGUAAGGUACGUUUUUCAAAGCCAAUAAAAGAUUUACUCCUGAGAACAUUCAUUGAUGGAGAGAAAAAUGGAAUAAAGGCAGACCCAAAGGAAGUGGCAGCUUGAAUAAGAUGUAUGAGAAAUGGAAAGAAGAAAGUUUUUGAUAGGUCUGAAUGGUUAUCAGUGCAGCAAGUGAAGAACUACUUCUCCCGUCUAAGUGUCCUACAAAGGAAAGGUAGAUAGAUAGAUAGUUUAAUAGAUUUUACAUGGCAGCCGAAUUGGCUGAAUUGCGUAAAAUUAACAAAACUUACAUAUUACAAACAAAUUAAAAACAACACAUGCAUAAUUACAUAUUAUAUGAUAUCAGCGCAAAUUCAGAUAUGUCCCCCACCACCACCACCACCUCUAAAAUAAGAAUCGACCAAAGUUGUAAGCACAACUAAAAAACCCAAAAAACAUGCAUAAAAGCAGAAGGUUAACGCGAGGCAGCGGCAAAGGUGCUGGAAGUCAUAUCAGAACCCCAGCAAUAUCUUUUUUUUAAGGUAUCUUAAUUGAUGAUAACGAAGAAGAACAAAACGAGGAAGUCGAAAUGAUUGAAGAAGAGAUAAGACGAUAUUCUUUGCUUGAGUGUGUAAGAGAAGAAGUGGAAUUGUAA